AUGAAAAAACUCCACGCCCCAAAUCAUAAGUUUUACGAACAGUACUAUGUAGAUCAAGCCAAGCAAAAAGGUGGAAAUUUACCCGCAUUUCACGGAGCUCGAUUUCAGCGAGGUUAUGGCUUAGGAUCCAUAUUUAAAGGUCUGUUCCGCUGGGCGAUACCUCACCUGCAGCAAGGUGCUAAGGUGAUUGGAAAAAAAGCUUUACAAACGGGUGUCAAUGUUGCCCAAGAUGUGCUUGGCGGAGAUAACAUUAAAACAGCAAUCAGCAAACAGGCUAAACAAGCUAUAGGUAACAUGACGUCCCAGAAGUCACAGCAAGGACAGUCAGGUGCAGGCAAAAAAGCUAUAAAAAGGAAAGCGCAAGGCUCAACAAUCAGUUCGCCUCCAGGAAAGAAAGCAAAAACAUCUCCACAGCAGAAGAAAUCGAAAACCAUUUUGAUAAAGAAUAGAAUGGCCUUCGUUCAUCACGAGUCUCGCGAGUGUACUAAAUCAGAGCUGGAUCUUUUUACUAUUCCUGCUACACAAACCUCUAUUCACAAAGGGCAAUGGAUUGAAUAUCAUCCUCUCAGCAACAUCACGGACACUGGUCCUAUUGAAUUUAACGUAUCUGGAACCGGAGAAGAAUAUUUAGAUUUAGCGCGAACACAACUUUAUGUGAAAGCUAAGAUCACAAAAGCAAACGGAACUGCGUUAGAUGCCGAUACACAAGUGGGUCCCGUGAACCUGUUUCUACAUUCCCUGUUUUCACAAGUAGACGUUUCGUUGAAUGAGCGAUUGAUCUCUCCAUCCACUAAUACUUACCCUUAUCGUGCCAUGAUCGAGUCUUUGCUGAACUACGGAGAAGAAGCUAAAACAAGUCAACUUUCUAUGGCUAUGUUUUACAAAGAUACUGCUGGAAAGAUGAAUGUAGUGAACCCCUUGGCUGCAGACGAUGAAGCAAACCUUGGAUUAAAGGCUCGCUAUGAGUUUACCAAAGAGAGUCAUACGGUGGAUAUGAUGGGACCCAUUCACAGUGAUAUAUUCUUUCAAGAUCGGUUGAUGCUCAAUGGAGUGAAUUUAAGAAUCAAACUGAACCGAGCCAAGAAUGUGUUUUGUCAUGUGUCCUCAGCAGCCGCAGCUAAUUUCAAAGUGGUUAUCACAGAAGCCAUCUUGUUUGUACGCAGAGUCAAGGUUGCCUCAUUCGCAGAAUCGACUGUAAAGUACUCUCUAUUCCAAGAGGAUUUAGCGGUUUUAACCCUGACAACAUCUUUUUGGGUCAAAUUCCCAAGCGCAUAGUAUUGGGAUUAGUAGACACAGAGGCUUACAAUGGGAGUUACCGUACCAACCCCUUCAACUUCAAUCACUACAAUUUGACUCAAGUGGGUGUGUACGUGGACGCAGAACAAAUCCCCCGAAAACCUUUGUUCUUGAAGUUUGACGCCGCUGAUGGUCGAAAUGUGAUAGCCGGCUAUCAAAGUCUUUUCCCUGGUACUGGAAAGCUUUCCCAGGAUACGGGCAAUCAGAUAAAUAGAAGUGAUUAUGGCUCUGGUUACACCUUAUUCGCUUUUGAUUUGACCCCAGAUCACUGCCCAGGAGAUCAUUUUGAGCUUAUAAAACAAGGAAAUCUACGCUUGGAGCUUCAUUUCUCGGAAGCACUCGCCAACACUGUUAAUCUUAUCGUCUACGCUGAAUUUCAAAACGUGAUUGAGGUCGACGCAAACAGAAACGUUCUCUACGACUACACAAACUAGAAAUGGACACCAUUCAACUGAUCCUUAUUUUGAGAAAGGAUAAAUUUACACGAGGUGUGUUUCAAGGCGUGUAUCCCUCAGACAAGCUGCCUGCAAGUGUUUCGCAAUAUCCAGCCCUAUACAUUGCCAAUGUGGAUACGAGUGACAAGCCAGGUUCGCAUUGGGUGGCGUUUUAUUUCACCAAGGAGCAAGAGGGAGAAUUUUUCGAUUCUUACGGAGCACCUCCCAGCAAAUAUUCGGGAACAUUUACUACCUUUUUAAACAACAAUUCUAACCAGUGGAUUUUUAAU